AUGAAGACGACGCGGAAAUGUCGCGCGCUGCUCUCGGUGGUGCUGAACCUGGUGGCUUUGCUCUUUUCCACGACCGCCUUCAUCACCACGUACUGGUGCGAGGGAACCCAGCGCAUCCCCAAGCCCAACUGCAGCAAGCAGCGGCGCCACAACUGCAUCGACUACGGGGUGAACGAAACGGACCGGAACAAGGUGCACUACAGCUGGGAGACCGGGGACGACCGCUUCCUCUUCCGCCGUUUCCACACCGGGAUCUGGUACUCGUGCGAGGAGAACAUCCAUGGGGCAGGUGAGAAGUGCCGGAGCUUCAUCGAUCUGGCCCCUGCAUCAGAGAGAGGCGUGUUGUGGCUGUCGGUGGUGUCGGAGGUGUUGUACAUCCUGCUGCUGGUGGUUGGCUUCAGUCUGAUGUGUCUGGAGCUCUUCCACUCCAGCAACGUCAUCGACGGACUCAAACUCAACGCCUUCGCUGCUGUCUUCACUGUGCUGUCCGGUCUUCUGGGAAUGGUAGCCCAUAUGAUGUACACUCAGGUGUUCCAGAUCACCGUCAGCCUGGGUCCUGAAGACUGGAGGCCUCAUAGCUGGGACUAUGGCUGGUCCUUCUGUAUGGCAUGGGGUUCUUUCACCUGCUGCAUGGCUGCCUCUGUCACCACCCUCAACUCCUACACCAAGACAGUGAUAGAGUUUCGCCACAAACGCAAGCUGUUUGAGCAGGGCCUGCGCGAGGAGCAGAAUUACCUGGACCAGGAGGCUUUCCACUACUUCCGUGACCGCUCCCUACAGUCCAUCUCUAGCACUGUGGAAGUCUACCCUGGCCAAGGAGGCGGGAGCAUGCCAGGGGUGGGUGGACCUGGACCUGGGCUCAUAGUUGGGGGGCCAGGUCCAGGUCCGGGUCCGGGUCCAGGUCCAGGUCGGGGGAAGAUGAGAGCUCCAUCGGCCUCCAUAGACCUGGGGGAGAAUACAGACUCCCUGGGGGAGGAACAGUGCUGA